UGUGCUGGACAGUGGAAGGUUUGAUCACCCAGGAGCGAGAUGUGGUGGCUUAUUGUGAUGGCCUGGCUUCUCCCAGGACAUGCAGACUCCAGACUCAUGGGGCCCAAGGCUGUGGACCCUGAGGCAUUCAUGAAUAUCAGUGAGAUCAUCCAGCACCAUGGCUACCCCUGGGAGGAGUAUGAGGUGGCCACAGAAGAUGGCUACAUCCUGACAGUCAACAGGAUUCCUUGGGGCAAAGACCCUCCUGAGGAUCCAGGGUCAAGGCCAGUGGUGUUACUGCAACAUGGUUUGCUUGGUGAUGCAAGCAACUGGAUCCUGAAUCUUCCUAACAACAGCCUGGGCUUCAUCCUGGCCGAUGCUGGUUAUGACGUGUGGAUGGGGAACAGUCGAGGAAACACCUGGUCCUGCAAACACAAGACUCUCUCGGUCGACCAAGAUGAGUUUUGGGCUUUCAGUUAUGAUGAGAUGGCUAGGUUUGACCUUCCAGCAGUGAUAAACUUUAUUUUGCAGAAAACGGGCCAGGAAAAAGUAUUUUAUGUCGGCUACUCACAAGGAACCACAAUGGCCUUCAUAGCAUUUUCCACGAUGCCUGAGCUGGCCCAGAGAAUCAAAAUGUAUUUUGCUUUGGCUCCGAUUGCCUCAGUUAAACACGCGAAAAGCCCUGGGACCAAAUUCUUGCUCCUGCCAGAGAUAAUGAUCAAGGGUGUAUUUGGCAAGAAGGAAUUUCUUCAUCAACAUAAGUUCCUCCGGCCAUUUUUCAUCCACCUCUGUGGCCAGAUCAUCCUGGACCAGCUCUGCAGCAACAUCAUCCUGCUCCUGGGAGGAUUCAACACCAACAAUCUGAACAUGAGCCGAGCCAACGUUUAUGUUGCCCAUACCCCAGCUGGAACAUCUGUUCAGAACAUACUGCACUGGAGCCAGUCAGUGAAUUCCGGAGAGCUCCAAGCAUAUGACUGGGGAAGUGAAACCAAAAAUCUGGAGAAAUGCAAUCAGCCAACUCCUGUGAAGUACCAGGUUAAAGACAUGACUGUCCCCAUAGCAAUGUGGUCAGGAGGUCAGGACUGGCUUUCAGACCCUGAUGAUGUCCGCAUCUUGCUCAGUCAAGUGACCAACCUUGUCUACCAUAAGAACAUCCCAGAAUGGGCUCACACAGACUUCAUCUGGGGACUGGAUGCUCCACAGCAGUUGUACCAGGAGAUCAUUGAGAUGAUGAAACAGAAGGAAAUGAGCCUUUCCCUGGAAAAUGCUGGAAGGUCCCCAAUGGAGAUGCUCUGA